AUGAUCAAGGAUCAAGCCCUGAACAAGUCGUAUGCAUUUGUAUACGAUGCCAAGGCCUUGUCGAUUGGCAGCUUUGCAACGAUGAUGGCGGAUGGCACAUUGGUGAACACUCACCUGCGGGCCGCCAGGUGUGUGAACAACGACUUUCAUCGUGACAACCCUUCCGACUGCAAUGGUAUGGUGGUUUCCUUUCCCACCGUUGUGCUCAUCUCGACAGUGCUAUGCUUUGCCACCCUGGCGAGUUUGCUGUGGAUCGCUGUACACUUGGUGGACAACAAUCCCUGUCGCGCAGUGCAUGACAUCUCCACCAUGUUGGUGAUCUUCAGCGUGAUCAAGGUGACAUUUAUGUGUCUUCAUGGUAUGUUCAUCGCGAUGACUUGGUACUCUGAACUCACGGACACGCGCAUGUUGGGCUUCGCGCUGCUCGGUGCUGAUCUCACGCAGAUCUUGAUCUCCGGCUGGAUCUGGCUGAAACUGUUGCAGAUGCAACAAGUCUGUACUGAGAGCGAAGAGCUGACCUGGACGAACUUGCGUCUCCAGCGCCUACCCGAGCUCUGUUUCCAAGAGCUGCGCUCAGAAGCGUGCGGAGCUGUGGCGUGCCAGGAGAAUUGCAUCAUCUGCCUGACGGACUUUGAAGAUUCGAGCCAGGUCUCACAGUUGGCUUGCGGCCAUGUUUUUCACGCAAAUUGUAUCAAGAUUUGGUUGUCUGGCAAGAAGUGUGCCUCGUGCCCCUACCGUUGUCAUGGCUCUCCCUUGGACUUUGCGUGA